AUUUAUUAGAAAAAUAUAACGAUACUUAUUUAUUACGCAUAUUAUAAUACUUUAUAUAAUUUUACGAUAUCUCUAUUCUAUCGUUUCAAAGAUCUGUUAAUUAACGAUAAAAAAAAUAUCUUCUUUAUAUCUUAAGAGAAGAUAUGUAAGUCCAUUAUGUAGUUUGCUUAAGAAGGUCAGUAGAGAUUUUCUUAUCUGAUGGGAUAAUUGAGGCAGAUUUAUCUACGCACAUGUUCAAGCACGAUGGAGGGAGUUUGCUGGCACAUGGUGCACACAGUCUAAUUUAGGGAACUAAUCGUAUAACAUACAUCAUACACAACCUAUAUCACGUAUGAAACGUUAAAAACUGUACGAAUUAUUAUGAUUACACUUCCCUUCAUAUUUAGUGAUAUUAACCUUCAUACAAACAACCUCUUCAAGGAAAAACAAAAUUCUUUUUCGAAAAUGGCACUUCCAAUUCUUCUUAUUCUCACUAUUUAAUUGCUAGCCGUAUCAAGUAACAACGAAAAAAAUAAUAAUAUCUAAUCGUUAAGCAGGGCCAUAUUUUUGGGGAUACAAUUAAAAAAGUAAAUCGUCGGUGGAAUAUUGUUUCACCUAUCAAGAAUUUUGGAAGAUAUAAUUAGAAAGGUACAACCUGGGUAGAAAAUUGUACUCCUUAUCGAGCAUUUUUGAAAAUAUAAUUGAGAAAGUGGAAUCUGGAUAGAAAAUUGUUUUACCUACGAAGCAUUAUAAAAAUCCUCCCGUUGGCCGCGGAUUCGUUAUCAAGCCUGAGGCCCUCGUCACUAGUGUCACUAUCGACAAUAAAGGUACCCCACCCGCGACCGGACGAUGGAGAACUCCAACACGGAAUCGCAAUCUCCCACGAGCCCUGCCCGGGAGGGCGCCUCGAGCUCGGACUCGGAAUGUGACUCGAGCUCGGCCUGCUCAUGAGGGACCACCCCCUGAAAAACAGCGCACUGUAUUCUGCCCUAAACCGUGCCCUAGGGGGUCCGGCAGCGUAUUGGCUUACGCAGAUAAUGAACGGCGACGAGCUCACCUGGCCAGAUUUUAAGGAACAAUUCGCCGCGCACUUCGGUGGCCAAGAAGUAGCAGCCGCGUCGCUAAUCAAGGUAGCCGAGGAACUACCGCGGGACGGCGAAACACCAGGAGCGUACGGAAAUCGUAUCAUCACCCUCCUGGGGUCGAAGUGGCGAAAUUCAACUAGGGAAGAGGUACUCGCCGCCACCGCCCUCCAUCUGCUGGGCUCGCGCGAUGAACGUUUUAAACGACUAGCACUCACGAGUGACAUCACGUCGGUGAAACAAUUCCAAAGAGAAAUGAAGCCCUUCCUAUACACGGAGUGGCCAACGCCCCCGCCGUGGAGGUCAUUAGCGAGCUCCGGAAACAAACGAGGCAGGUCACCCGCCCCCUGGACCAGGUGUGGCCACUGCGGUAUUUACGGACAUCCGACAUUCGAAUGCCGCAAGAGGGCGAAGUGGGAACCGAAGAAGGACCCCCGACGCCCGGAGGAAAGCCGACCGGUUGCACCACCAAAAGCAUUGUGCUUUCACUGCCACAUGCCGGGACACAUCGCGUCUCGCUGUCCAUCGCGGCGAGAAGAAAAACAUUGCCCCGAGGACGAGCGCCGGGUCGAUGCCUGCGUGGUGGAAGCCCCGACGGGUAGACUAAGCCAGCAGGCCACACACGAGGACGUGUAAGUGUCAGGAUGGCCGAGUCGGAGACGAAAGGACGCCGGGGCCCCUCUGGAACUUCAGGACAACACCCUAACCUUGCAACCUAGACCCUAAUAUAGCCAUAACGAAACAAUCGCAAGUCCAAACCGAUAGCAAUCGUACGUCGAUCGGAGGAUCGUGUGUACUGAGACACUCGACCGGAGUCUUGUUUCGGUGGCGUCGUUGGGAUGACGAGCAGUCUUGCUAGAGAGCUGAUCGGUGAAGGAAGUCGAGUGCCUUACGAGCAGGGAGUGGUGCACGUGUGAGUUAGAGCAAGGGAACCUGUCCUCCCGUUGGUCACGGAUUCGUUAUCAAGCCUGAGGCCCUCGUCACUAGUACG